AUGGAGAAGGAAGCGACGACGCCGCGGCCGGUGUGCGCGCAGGAGGCGCUCGCGCUGCUCAACUGCGCCGCCGAGAACCCCUACGACCGCGACAAGUGCCUCGCCCUCCUCGACGCGCUCCGGGAGUGCAUCGCCCAAAAGAAAGUGAAGAAAUUUUCGUUGGCUGAAGCAGGCUCCACCAGCACCACGGAAGCUCCAAAAAGCAAAUAG